AUGGAUGCCGUUAUCAAACAAAAAGGUGGUGUCUUCUUCCUGCACGGUUAUGGCGGAACCGGUAAGACAUAUAUGUGGAGAACACUUGCAAGUGCAUUGAGAUCUAAGCAUGAGAUUUGUCUUACUGUUGCAACAAGUGGGAUAACAUCUCUUUUGUUGCCAGGAGGUCGUAUAGCUCAUUCAAAGUUCAAGUUGCCAGUUCCAUGUGUCGAAAAAUCAACUUGCAAAAUUAAUUUCAAUGACCCUAGCGUUGGUCUUCUAAGGGAGGCAAAGCUAAUUAUAUGGGAUGAGGCACCAAUGGCACACAAAUAUUGUUUUGAAACGCUGGACAGGACUUUGAAGGAUGUCAUGAGUAAUUACAGUAACUCCAAAACUAUUUUCGGAGGGAAGGUUGUGAUUUUUGGUGGGGAUUUCCGUCAGAUAUUACCCGUUGUACCCGGAGGAAGCCGUUCUGACAUUGUCCAUUCAACAAUUAACGCUUCUUACAUUUGGCAUUAUGUUAAAAUAGGAGAGGGAAGAAUUUCAGAACCUAACGACGGUUAUGCUAACAUUGACAUACCGCCCGAACUGUUAAUUACAGACUUCGAUGACCCUAUUCUUGCCAUCGUCGAGAGUACAUAUCCUGAUUUCUUAAAUUGUUACCAAUCGUGUGAUUAUCUCAAAAAUAGGGCCAUUCUUGCUUCCACUUUGGACAUUGUUGAUACAAUCAAUGACCAUGUCCUUGCCAUGAUGCCAGAAAUCCAUGACAGCAACAUUCUUCAAGUCCUUAGCCCAAAAUUCCUCAGCUCUUUAAGAACUUCUGGCCUACCCAACCAUCACUUAAAGUUAAAGGUUGGAACACCAAUCAUGCUUAUGCGAAACAUUGAUCAAUCACAAGGUCUAUGUAAUGGGACGAGGCUUAUAGUAACUAAAAUGGCUGCUCAUGUCCUUGAGGCCAAAUUGAUGGGUGAUAACAAUAAUGGAAAGGUUAUAUACAUCCCGCGAAUGGAUAUGUCCCCAUCUCAAUCUCCUUGGCCAUUCAAGUUAUCGAGACAUCAAUUUCCGGUUAUUGUAGCCUACGCCAUGACCAUUAACAAAUCACAAGGCCAAUCGUUGGAUUGGGUUGGACUUUAUAUACCUCAGGAUGUUUUCAUACAUGGACAGAUUUAUGUUGCCGUUUCACGAGUUACAACAAAAAGAGGUAUCAAGAUAUUGAUACAUGAUGAUAAAAACAUCCCAAAGCUUUCAACAUGUAAUGUUGUAUACAAAGAAGUUUUUAACAACAUUUAG